AUUUGUCUAACUUAGGUGUUUCUCCAUGGCAAACUAUGGAUUGCUUAGCUUUCUUAGGCAAAAAAAGAAAUUCGACUCCAGCACAUUGUGCAUAUUUCAUCUAAAAUAGUCAAAUGUAUCAUUGGUAGUUGUGUUUAGGCAUUAGGAGUGAAAAAAAUAGCUAAAGAGUCCUUAUACAAAUUUACUUUGCUUAGUUAUUGAUUUUACUCAGUCAUGGUUCUUCCCCGCCUCCCAUCUUUAUUCAUCACGUCUGAAGGACUCGCUGCAUUUGUUUACCAUUGUUCCCCAGAGCCCUGGAGUUGAAAGGCCAAGUGCACAAAAACAGGGUUUGUUUUAUUCUCAACCAACCACAGAACGGUCAUUUCCGUGCAGAAUAAUUGGCGUAAGGAAGAAAAGAAAACAAGUUCAUCAUGUGCAACUUAGUCUGACUACACCCCUUUUCAGAAACCAGCCUGAGUUAAGAAAUGUUGGGAGUGGGUACCCAUUUAAGGAAUAAAUGAAGAAGUGGCGAUCAAAAAUUUUUAAUCAUUGCCUCAGACAAAAAGAGAACAGUGCUUUGAGAGUGUUUUCAAGAGUACUUCUGAUUUUUCAGCUAAAUGAACAGGAAAAAGAAAAAUGUGUAUCAACAAACUCAAGCACUUCUGUGCAAAAAUUUGCUUAAGAAGUGGAGGAUGAAAAGAGAGAGCUUACUGGAAUGGGGAUUUCCAGUACUUCUAGGACUAUAUAUGGGCUUAUUGUCAUCUACAAAAUACAAUACCCAGUUUCCUGGAAAGCCUUCUCAGAACCUGGGAAGGGUAGACAAAUAUAAUAACUCUUUCCCGUUUGCUGUGUAUACACCGGUCUCCAAUAUAACCAAGCAGAUAAUGAAUAAAACAGUAUCUGCUCCCUUUUUGAAAGAAACAACAGUCAUUGGGGCACCAAAUCAAAAAUCUAUGGACGAACUACUUGAGAACCAUUUCCCACGUGCAGUGGGAGUCAUCUUUAGUGAUACUUUCUCUUAUGAGUUAAAAUUUCUUCAUAGCUAUGGCAUUCCAUUUUUGAAGGGAGACCAUUUAUCAGCUCAUUGCUGGAAUUCAGGAAAUGAGCCAUCAUGUUCACUGACCAAAUACUUAAGUUCAGGAUUUGUGACUUUGCAAGCUGCGAUUGAUGCUGCUAUUAUAGAAAUCCUGACAGAUCACUCUGUGAUGGAAGAGCUGAUGUCAGUCACUGCUAUAAAUAUGAAGACAUUACCUUUUAUUGCUAAAGACUUACUUCAAAAUGAGAUGUUUAUUUUCCAAUGCUUGCUUUACUUCUCCUCGUUUAUAUAUUUCGCAUCAUUCGGUGUUACCAAAGAGAGAAAAAAGAGUAAGGAUUUGAUGAAAAUGAUGGGUCUACAAGAUUCAGCAUUCUGGUUCUCCUGGGGUUUAAUCUAUGCUGGCUUCAUCUUCAUUAUUUCCAUAUUCAUUGCAAUGAUCAUAACAUCCAGAAAAAUUAUAGUCAUGACGGGCUUCAUGGUCAUAUUUAUACUUUUUUUCUUAUAUGGCUUAUCCUUGAUAGCUUUAACAUUCCUGAUGAGUGUGGUGCUCAAGAAAACUUCCCUCACCAAUUUCGUUGUGCUUCUCCUCACUCUCUUCUGGGGCGGUGUGGGACUCUCUGCAUUGCAUAGACAACUUCCUUCAUCUUUGGAGUGGAUUUUGAGUAUUUUUAGCCCUUUUGCCUUCACUGCUGGAAUGGCCCAGAUUAUCCACAUGGAUUAUAACAUGAAUGGUGUAACUUUUCCUGACCCAUCGGGAGACUCAUAUAUAAUGAUAGCAACGUUUUUCAUGUUGGCUUUUGAUGCUUUUUGGUACUUGGUAUUGGCAUUAUACUUUGACAAAAUCUUACCCUAUGGAAAUGAGCGCCGUUAUUCUCCAUUAUUUUUCCUGAACUCAUCAUCUUGUUUCCAACACCAAAGGAUUGAUAAUACCAUUGAGAAGGAAACAGAUCUGGAGCAUACCUCUGAUGAUGAUUUUGAACCAAUGGCUCCAGAAUUUCAAGGAAAGGAGGCCAUCAGAAUCAGAAAUAUUAAAAAAGAAUAUAAAGAAAAGUCUGGAAAAGUAGAAGCAUUGAAAGGUUUGCUCUUUGACAUAUAUGAAGGUCAAAUCACAGCAAUUCUGGGUCACAGUGGAGCUGGCAAAUCUUCGUUGCUAAACAUCCUUAAUGGGUUUUCUGUUCCAACAGAAGGAUCAGUUACCAUCUACAAUAAAAAUCUUUCUGAAAUGCAAGACUUGGAGGAAAUCAGAACGAUAACUGGUGUUUGUCCUCAAUUCAAUGUUCACUUUGACAUACUUACUGUGAAGGAAAACCUCAGGCUGUUUGCUAAAAUUAAAGGGAUUCAGCCACAGGAAGUGGAUCAAGAGGUACAAAGAAUUCUAUUGGAGUUGGACAUACAAAACAUUCAGGAUAACCCUGCUCAACAUUUAAGUGAAGGACAGAAAAGAAAGCUGACCUUUGGAAUUGCCAUUUUAGGAGAUCCAAAAGUUUUGCUAUUGGAUGAACCAACUGCUGGAUUGGAUCCCUUUUCAAGGCAGCAAGUGUGGAGCUUCCUCAAGGAGCGCAAAGCAGACCACGUGAUCCUCUUGAGCACCAGUUUCAUGGAUGAGGCUGACAUCCUGGCUGAUAGAAAAGUGAUCAUGUCCAAUGGGAGAUUGAAGUGUGCAGGCUCUUCUGGCUUUCUGAAGAGAAAAUGGGGUCUUGGAUAUCACUUAAGUCUGUACAGAAAUGAAAUAUGUGACCCAGAAAGAAUAACAUCUUUCAUUAAUCAUCAUGUCCCGGAUGCUAAGUUAAAGACAGAAAGCAAAGAAAAGCUUGUGUAUACUUUGCCUGCAGAAAGGACAGAUAAAUUUCCAGACCUUUUCAGUGAUCUUGAUAAGGGUUCCGUCCAGGGUGUGGUGAGUUAUGACAUUGCUGUGUCAACCCUGAAUGAAGUCUUCAAGAAAGUGGAAGAAAUACCAACUGUCGAGCAAGUACAUGUGUGUGCGUGCGUGCGUGUGUGUGUGUGUGCGUGCAUGUGUGUGGACGAGCAUGCAUGCCUGUGUGUUUAUUUUGAACAAGCAGAGAUGAGAGACGCAGAAAGCCUGCCUCAGAUGCAGCUGGCUCGCCCUCCUUUCCCUGUGAGUGACUUGGAACUCUGGAGAAUGCAGAUCUGUGCAGUGGCACGGCUCCGUUUCUUAAAGUUAAAAUGUGGAAAGAAAACGCUGUUGACCCUGCUAUUGGUAUUUGGAAUUGCACUGUUCCCAUUGAUUGUGGAACUGAUAUUUGAUGCUGUAUUAAGUAAAAAAAGUGAAUGGGAAUUUAAACCUGGAUUGUAUUUCCUCUCUCCUGGGCAACUUCCUCAAGACCCUCUGACCAGCUUAUUGAUCAUCAAUAACACAGAAUCCAACAUUGAAGAUUUUAUACAGUCACUGAAGCAUCAAAAUAUACUGUUGGAAAUCGAUGACUUUGUAAAUAGAAAUAGCCCUGAUGAUCUGUCCUACAACGGAGCUAUCAUAGUUGCUGGGAAACAAAAGGAUUAUAGAUUCUCAGUUGUAUGCAAUACCAAGGGGCUGCAAUGUUUUCCUAUUCUUAUGAAUAUUAUCAGCAAUGCGCUGCUUGGAAUGUUUAACCAUACACAACAGAUUCGAACUCUAAGAAGCGCAUUACGUCUAAAUUGGUUGUUUUUCUGGACUGGUCUGCCAGAAGGCUCCUUUUUCCUAUUUUCCGUUGUUUGCAGCAUUUCUCCUUACAUCGCCAUGAGCAGUGUCAGUGAUUACAAAAAGAGAACUAAGUCCCAGCUAUGGACUUCAGGCCUCUGCCCUUCGGCCUACUGGUGUGGGCAGGCCCUGGUGGAUAUUAGCCUCUUUGCUUUCUUUCUUUCUUCAUCGUUUUUAAUUUUCUGCUUGGAAAACAUAGAGGACCGUUAUUUCACAACUCGACUUGUGUUUGCUUCGGUUGUGAUUAUAUUUGGUUAUGCAGCUUCUGUCAUCUUUUUCACAUAUGUGAUAUCAUUUAUUUUUCGCAAGAGAAGAAAAAAUAGUGGCGUUUGGUCAUUUUGUUUCUUUAUUACCUCAUCCAGCUUGUUAGACUUGGUUAUAGUAAGUCACUCCCUGUCAUCUGCCUCGCUUUGGAGCAUGGUGUUUUUUCCCUCAUUCGCCUUGAAUGGAUUUCUUUUUUUUAUGAUAGAUAGAGUCUACGAGCACGAAAGACAAAAUGAAGACCUGUUUUAUGACCUGAGUGGAACUGAUUUUCUAGUGUGCCUAAUACCUUACUUUCAGGCUUUGCUGUUCGCUUUUGUUCUAAGAUGCAUGGAAAUGAAGUGUGGGCAGACAGUAAUGCGAAAGGAUCCUGUUUUCAGAAUUUCCCCCCAAAGAAGAGAGGCCCGGCCAAAUCCAGAGGAACCUAUCGAUGAAGACGAAGAUGUUCAAGCAGAAAGAACGAGAACAGCAACGGCCCUGAUGACCACUUCCAGCAUAGAGGAGCAACCCGUCAUCAUUGCUAGCUGUCUACACAAAGAAUAUGCCGGCCCGAAGAAAAAUUGCUUUUCAAAGAAGAAGAAGAAGAAGGUAGUCACAAGAAAUAUUUCCUUCUGUGUUAAAAAAGGUGAAGUACUGGGAUUGCUGGGACCCAGUGGUGCUGGUAAAAGUUCAUCUCUGAGAAUGAUAUCUGGGGUCACAAAGCCAACGGCUGGAGAGGUGGAACUGAAAGGAUGGAAUUCAAUUUGGGGAGAUGGCUCGGUCAAGUUCCUGGGGUACUGCCCUCAGGAGAACGCGCUGUGGCCCACCCUGACGGUGAGGGAGCACCUGGACCUGUUCGCUGCAGUGAAAGGGCUGAGGAAAGCGGACGCCGCAGUCGCCAUCACACGAUUGGUGGAUGCCUUCAAACUGCACCAAGAGCUGAAUGUCCCGGUGCAGAAAUUAACGCCAGGAGCCACCAGAAAGUUGUGUUUCGUGCUGAGCAUCCUGGGUAAUUCGCCCAUCCUGAUCCUGGAUGAACCAUCUACAGGCGUGGAUCCUACAGGACAGCAGCAGAUGUGGCACAUGAUUCAGUCAACCAUUAAAAACACAGAGAAGGGGGCCCUCCUGACCACCCAAAACCUGGUGGAGGCCGAGACCCUUUGUGACCGCAUCGCCAUCAUGGUGUCUGGAAGGCUGAGAUGCAUUGGCUCCAUCCAACACCUGAAAAACAAACUUGGCAAGGAUUACAUUCUAGAACUAAAAGUACAGGAAGCUUCUCAAGUCACUUUGGUCCACACUGAGAUUCUGAAGCUUUUCCCACAGGCUGCCCUGCAGGAAAGGUAUUCCACCUUCUUGGCCUAUAAACUGCCCGUGGCAGAUGUUCAACCUCUAUCUCAGGCCUUUUACAAAUUAGAGGCAGUGAAACAUAAUUUUAACCUGGAGGAAUACAGCCUCUCUCAGUGCACGUUGGAAAAGGUAUUGGUAGAGCUUUCUAAGGAGCAGACGGUGGGAAAUUUUGACGAAGAGGUUGAUACAACCAUGAGAUGGAAACUCCUCUCUCAUUCAGACGACCCAUGAAACCCAGUCAUUCCUUGCUGAUGUCCUAUAAGCUUAUGUUAUAUGUAAUAAUUUGCAUUUUAUAUAAUUUUUAAAAAUUGUCAGCAUCAAUAUUGGGUACAUUUUGUAUAUUUAGUUAAUAAAUGAAUACAUUGUAAAAUUAUUCUUCCCCUCAAAUUUAGGGACAAUAGAAAGUGUUAAUGAAGUUAUCUGAAGAACCAGGCACUGGGUUUUGAAUAAAUAAAACCACAAACUUGGAA